AUGCGCAUCCUUCCUUUUCUCCUUCUGGCGAAUUCUCUCUGGAUGCCCCUCGUGUACACUGAGAGAAUAACCUAUGGUACUGAUUGCUACGUCGACGGGAAUACCUUCCAUAUCAACCACUCCUCCGACAUCGCCGCCCUAUCCGCCGACUGCGAAUUCGUUCACGGCAACAUCAUCGUUUCACAAAAUUACACGGGCCCCCUCAUCCUCCCAAACAUAACACACAUAUACGGCGCCAUCGAGAUUGUGCCUCCCAAAGAAUCAUUGGGGAGAGAUUACGACCCGUCGCUCGCGCCGAAGAUCCCCGUCGUCGAGGCACCAGAUUUGCUAUGGCUACACAAGCUCCGAAUAGUGUAUAUAGGCGAAUUAGCCCGCGUGUCAAUGCCCAAGCUUGUGGAGGCGGAGUCGAUUGUGUGGUAUCAUAUUGCGAAUACGACAAGUGAGAUCGAUUUGAGGGGCUUGGAGAAGGCGGAUUACUUGCGUCUUGAUGCGGAGUGGACGAGUAUCAACCUCGACUCUCUACAAUCCGUGGACACACUUCGUAUCUUCGGCCCCGGAUCAUACUGGACGGACUCGGGGCUCUCGUUAGAGUUAUCCUUGCCACAGCUUGGUUCUGUAACUGAAUUGAGAAUUCAAGCGAGGAUCUCACGGGUUGCAACACCGAAACUUACUCGCAUCAAGAACCACCUCACCGUCAGCUGCGAUCCAAAUCUCCCCAGCUGUCCUGCAGAACCAGACUUUGGCCUUGAUUUUCCGGAGCUCAACUACUUGGGUGGACAAUUAUCCGUGGGAGGUGCAUUGACGAGCCUCUCCAUUCCCUCUGUCAAGGAUGUAUCAUCAACGAUUGAAAUUGGCAGCUCCAGUCCCACGGGCCUAAACGUGUCGUUGCCCCUUGUGAGCGCGACAGCUAUCAAUCUCUCCGGUUAUGUAUACGGCCUCCAACUAUCCAACCUCACAGCCGCGGGGGAUAUCGAUCUAUCCCCUUAUGUACGCGGCAUCGACCUCCCGAAUCUCAAAGACCUCAAAUCCCUAACCAUAGACCCUAUCGACGAAAGCUUCAACUGCUCCGCCUUCCUGAACAAAUGGUGGGGCUUCACCGACCGCAACGGCCGGCCUCUAAGAGUGAGAUGCGGGCCAAAGCGAGAUGGGCACAAGGGGAAGAAGCCUAACAGUGGACCUGGUGUGCUGGUGCGCAUUGUCCUGCCGACCCUGAUAGGGGUCGUGAUGCUUAGUGGUGUCAUCGCCGUGGUUCUGUAUACAUGGAGACACGGAGUGCUCUCAUUAAGGCUACUCAAGGCUAGGGUUAAAGCGGCAUGGAGAGACGAUGAUAGUGAGGAUGACAGUGAGGGCGAGGGGUUGCUGAUGGGAUAUCGUGAUGAAGUGACUGAUGAUGAAGAUGGCAAUGGAACGACUGACGACGAGAGUAUGGGAAGGGCUGUGAAGAGACGGAGGCUCCUGGGUACCGGCCCCGGGCGUGGAGCGAGGAAGAAGGCUCAGCGAGGUAAACGUCGAGUAGGAUCGGGACGACCCGAGCGAUUGCCGGUUUAG